AUGUCGUCUAGUGGCACCAUAAGUAACUAUUAUGUCGAUUCUCUCAUAGGCCAUGAAAGCGAAGAAGUUUACGGGAGUAGAUUCGUCCAGGCAGGUCACAGUGCGACCUCCAGGCCAUCAGGUGUUGCAGAGAGUUCAGAUUUUUCUUCCUGUAGCUUUGCACCAAAAUCCACCGUGUUCUCCACUUCUUGGUCCACGGUCCAUCCUCAGCCGUCUGCGGCAAUGACAGGGAUCUACCAUCCCUACAUGCACCAGCCCCACUUAGGGGCAGCCGAGACUGGCAGAUACGUGCGCUCGUGGAUAGAGCCCUUCCCCGGCUUCCCCAGCAGCAGCUCCAGCUCCUCCAACGGGCGCCACUACGGGAUAAAGCCUGAAACGGGAGCAGCUGCCUCCUCCUCCUCCUCCUCCUCCUCCACCUCCAAAAGGACUGAGUGCUCCUCGUCCCGGGAGUCUCAGGGGAUCAGUGUGCCCGAGUACACGUGCAAUUCCUUCCUGCAGGAGACCCGGGAGAAGACGGCUACUUGCAGCCCCAAGAAGCCUCCAGGCUGCAGCCACAACCCCAGCCCGAGCAGCGAUCUGAAGGAAGAGAAGCAACAGCAACUUGACCCAAAUAAUCCGGCAGCAAACUGGAUCCACGCUCGUUCAACGAGGAAAAAGCGUUGUCCCUAUACAAAGUACCAAACUCUGGAACUGGAAAAAGAAUUCCUCUUUAACAUGUAUCUGACUCGGGACCGCCGUUACGAAGUAGCUAGGAUUUUAAAUCUCACAGAGAGACAGGUCAAAAUAUGGUUUCAGAACAGAAGAAUGAAAAUGAAAAAGAUGAACAAGGAGAAAGGAAAUAAAGGAGACUAGCCGGGGUGUAGACACGCAUUCCUCUUCUUCUUCCCCCUCCAGCACCAGAUGCGUUUUUGCAGAACUUUGUAUCAAUCUGAUCUCUUAGGUAGACAUGGAAAUAUGGUCUGUGUCAGGUUUUUUGGGGGAAAUCUCUCUUGCUCGCCAAUGUGUUUAUAAAAAUUGCUUCAUUUCCCUCUCCUUUUCCCACAAACUGUUUGGUUUAUGAUAUUGUGAGUGCACGUUAGCUUUGGGACCUUAAUGUUAAAUGUUUGACAUGUUUCUUAAAAGGUUAUGUAGUGUAGAUAGUCACUUUGCCAAAAUAAAGGUA